AUGCCUGGCUGCGUGGCGCGGGCGCUGUCCGGUCGGUGGUUUUGGGAAAAGCCCAGCUCCCUGCUCUGCUGGGGCAGAAGGCAGCAAGGCACCACUCCCAGAGGACCCCCGGCUUCCCGGUUCGUCCUGCCCGGCAGGUUCCUGCGGGACGACUACUCCAUCCAGGUGGCCAUCAAUGACUACCUGGACAUCUACUGCCCGCACUACGAGGGGGCGGUGCCCGCCGGCCGGGCAGAGACCUUCACGCUCUUCAUGGUGGACCGGGAGGGCUAUCGCGGCUGCUACGAGACCCCCGGCGCCUUCAAGCGCUGGGAGUGCAACCGGCCCCGGGCGCCCUUCGGGCCCGUCCGCUUCUCCGAGAAGAUCCAGCGUUUCACCCCCUUCUCACUCGGCUUCGAGUUCCAGCCGGGGGAGACUUAUUACUACAUCUCCGUGCCCAGCCCCGAGAGCGCCGGGCGAUGCCUGAAGCUGCGCGUCACCGUCUGCUGCCGAGGCACCACGCCAGAGCCCGUGACAGAGGUGCCGAAUUCGCAGCCGCGAGGGCGCGGGGGUCCCGAGGAUGUGGUGCCUGCCCGGGGCACAGCGGUCCCAUCACAGUCCUGCAACCCAUGCCUGGCGCUUGUGCUCCUGGCCCUGCUCCGGAUCUGA